AUGGCAGGUUUGUUUUAUGUGGCAUUGGUGCUGCACUUGCCGUUGCCGGCCACCUCUGACUUGUGCUUGGAGUCAGGUAUUGCGGACGAGAACCGUACAUUUUUGCAGGACGAGCAGGGAGACGAUCUCCCGAUUGGCCUCUUCACCUACCUCCGAUCCUCUUCCAAGGCGGUGUCGCAAGUCGCCGCCAUCUUGAUUUCGGAGGUUCUGGGCUUCCAUGUGGGCUACAAGCAACUUUGGUCCACCUUCACCAGGCGGGAACAAUCUCUCUGGCUUGCAUGCAGUGAUAUCGAUUGGAGGGCCUGGUUCACGCAACCGUGCGUUCCUGGCGAGAAUCGAUUUCACAUUGCCUUGGACGCAGGCUCGCUGGACAAGCCCUACGAGCUUGAGUUCACCAAUCCCCAUUACGCGCUGGACAAGUGCUGCGGGGACAGCCCAAAAGAGCUCGGCUCCAUGGGGUAUCGUGGUCGACAGCAGCUCUACAUGAAGCGAGCGCAAGUGGAGGCAGCAUUGGAGGAUGGCCUCAUCCUGAACUUACAUGGCAGCUACAACACCUCGCAUCAUGAAGCGAAGAAGUAUUUCGAUGGACUGGACUCCUUGAACUUCAGCCACUUCGUUACGUGCAACCGCACGUUCAAUCCUUGGAUGCCUUCCAGUAGGGACCUGGCCUCAUACCUCGAAUGGACCGGCGACGUGGAUGGGGUCACUCAGGAUGCAGACGGAUCUUACCAAGCUCAGUGCCUUGAGGAUCGUUUCUGGAUCGCACCAGCCUGCCGCCAGAACGUCACAAGCUGCAUUGCCACGGUCACCUUCGCGGGCUACCUGUGGCUCUCCAUGAUGCACUGGUCCACCGCCCAUGGUUUGCCACUGGCCUUUGGAAGCUACCCCGAUGAGGUUAACUUUUUCGAGAAGAUGAAGUACGGGAAAACCUUGUUCUACUGGUGGGAGCCGGAGAACUACCGGUUUGAUGUGGACAAGGUGCCUCUCAUCCUACCUGUGCACAACUCCAGCGAGUGGGCCAUGGGGAGGCGGAGGACGGAGGAGCCACCCGGGUAUGUGGGGAAGCUGGUAAGCUCGAAUCUCCAGAGUAAGGCGCCUCGAGUGUACACCUUGAUCGAGAGGUUUGCUUUCGACAUUCGGAUCCUGGAGGAAGUGGUUCAAGUCCUUGCUGAGGGCGGCGUCUCCGCCAGAGAUCCUCUUGGGGAAGGAGACGAUGUGAUCUUUCGCGCGGCCUGUGACUGGGUCAAGUCCAGCGAGUCCGUGUGGAGGAACUGGAUUCCUCUGCCCACCACGUGCGACCCAGGGUCUGGUAUUGCUGAUGCAGGUGGCGAAUUUCUGCUCAUUCGUGGCGACGAAGCAGAGGGUUGCAGCGUAUGUUCGCCUGGUCGUUUCUCGGAGCCCCUUGUGGAUGGCGACGGUUUCACUUACCGCUGUGCCACGUGCCCCCCGGGCACUUAUCAGGAGUUUGGGGGCCAAGCUAGGUGCAAUAACUGCGCCUUGGGCCACGCAACAAAUGAGGCGGGCGCCACGGAAUGUGGCCUCUGUCCGUUAGGUACCUUUGCAGACCAGGAAGGCCACACGGCCUGCGAGAGCUGUGGGAACGAGGGCUGGACCACCAAGGAGCUGGUGAGCCAUCUGGACGACGGCAGCAAUCAUGGUGGUGCUCAUCGAUGGAUCGAAGUGCGUGGGGCAACCUCCAAGGACGUUUGUGCGUGCAUAGAAGGCCGCCACUUUUGGCAAGGCCAGUGCGAGUUGUGCCUGGAGGGUGCGACUUGUCUUGGACCUACGAACCUCACGCUCAACCCGGGCUUCUUCGCUUUCCCCGAAGAUCCCGGCAACGUUUUCCACUGCUUCGGCAACUCGCAACGCUGCCCGGGUGGCUUUCCCGGCAGCUGUGCUGCAGGCCGCGAUAACCGGAGCUUGGCCUGUGCCCAGUGCCUGCCGGGAUUCCAGCCACAAGCAGACGGCCAGUGCCGCGAAUGCGCUGCAACGGACUUUGCCAUCGUCGUUGGCCUUUGUUUGCUCGGGGUUUUGGUUGUGGGCUGUCUGCAUGCAUCGCUGAUCGCAGAGGGGCAGUCAGACGGCCAUGGCAGGCAGCAUGGGAGCCUGCUGAAUGCGGUGUUGGGCUUCAACCAACUGGUGACUUGCGCACAGGUGUUUGGCAUCAUGCGCAGGUUGCGGAUUCCGUGGGAGGAGCCCUUCUCGCUUCUGUUGAAGGCAUCGGAGUAUCUGUCGCUGGACGCGCUGGUGUAUUCCUUCAGCUCCAUUCAAUGUCUUCUCCCAUCGUCAGGAGUGGCAGAGUAUCUGAUGGCCGCAUCACUGCUUCCACUGGCCUUUUUCCUGUCUUUGGCGCUUGUGCACUUUGCCUACAUGUGCUGGAAGAGGAGCGGCCUACGCCUGGACCUUCUGGGCAAGACUUGUGGCUCGUUCUCCAUGCUCUUCCUCGUUUCAAUCAUGUCGUCGAUUCUGGAGCCCUUCUAUUGCUACUCGCAUCCGAAUGGGGUUCCGAUUGCCUUCCUGGCCAUCUGUGUUCGGAUUGUUUUGGUCGAUCUCCCGAAGCGGAUUCAAAGGGCCGACGUUGACUUUGUGAAUGCCUGUUCUUUCCUGAUUCUGCGAUACCGUCCGGGCGUAGAGGUCUUUGCGGUGGUUGUCUUGAUCCGGAACGUCCUCCUGACAUUUUCUCCUUUGAUUGCAUCCCAGGCUGGUAGUUUGCUGGUGCUCUGCAUUUCCCUCUACAUCACACUCUGUGGGGCAGCGUUUUGGCGGCCGUGGCGGACUCAGCUGGCCACCUACACGGAUCUGGUGAUGCACGCCGGCCUGCUGCUCGUCUUGGACAUGGGCAAGUUCUACGCGCCCCUCCUGGAAGAGGGCUACACGCUAAUGAUCAUUUGCGUCGUGGCUUGCUGUAUCAUGCUCGUUUGGGGCAUUUUAGUUGUGACGUGGGCCGCGCAGCGCCGCUUCUCAAAGCACCGGCGCUUCCGCUUCGCCCUCAGCCACCACACGCCUGAGGCAGGGACAUUGGCGCGCUUACUGAAGCUCGAGCUGCAGCAAAGGCACAACUUGCGGACCUUUGUCGGCUCGGAUGAUCUAGCAGAUCUGACGCAACGUUUCACCUGCAUCGCCCAUGAUGUCGACACACUGGUCGUCGUGGCAGGCCGCGAGUUCUUGCUACAGAGGUGGUGUGCCGGUGAGGUGGUGACAGCCAAAGCCCACGGCGUUGAUGUUGUGCUUCUUGCUUUACCCGACUUUGUUCUGCCUGAUCGGCAUUUUGUGGAAGCUUACGAGACCCUAGUGCCGCGCGUGCAGGAGCUUGCUGUCCAUGCGAUAGAUCUCGGACAGGUGCAAGACACACUCAUAUGGUUGAGUUCGGUGGAACGCUUUGACCUCGUGGGUGGCGAACCGGAGAUGCUCACACGUGCGGUCAGAUGGCUGGUCGGUAACGGUAGUACGAUGAGACACCCCUCUGUCGUGGAGGCCAGCCGUUCCACAAGUGUUGAACGGACCACGUACCUCGUCCUAGCGGACACGACGCACAUAGAGGCACAGGCCGCAGCUUAUGCCCUCUACAUGGUGCUGGGUGCGAAGAUGUUAGAGCUGUCCUUCAAGGGAUCGCUACGCGUGAUGCGCCCCGGGGAUGGGGAUGCAGCUGACUUUGUGUCCGACUCGGGCACAACACAGCUGCUGCUCUGCACAGCAGGGUGUUUGGAGGUCCCUCAAAUAGCUUCCUGGCUUCUACAGCUGGGUCGGCUCCACUCCAGCUUCAUCCUGCCAGUUGUUGCGGAGGACUCCUUUCAGUUCCCUUAUCCUGGUUACAACAAGCUUGCAGGCCCCUCCGACGAAUUUGACGAUUUGGACAUGAAGCUCUACACCCAGGUCCUUGAGGCUGUUUUCCACGAGAUCUCGGUGCCGUUCAUGCCCAGGAGCUUCAAUGCAAGGCAGCUGGAUCUCCAAGCAAAGAUUAUUGUGGAACGCCUCUCGCAGAAACGGGAGGCGCUGCGCACGAGACCUUCCAUGAGCGUCUUGCCAGGUACCACCUUGGAGAGUGCGGACGUGGAAGAUUUGUUGAUGAUCAAUCUGUCCCUCACUGAUGGCUCCGACGAAUCCACGUUUGGGAUCUAA